AUGGCAGGCUCAGACAAGAAAAAAUCCAAGGCCGGUAAGCCUAAAGGCGAAGCCGGUCCAGUGAUCACGGAUCCUCGAUUUGCCAAUAUCCAAACUGAUCCUCGUUACCGUCUUCCCAGCAAACGCCAGACUCAUGUCAAACUCGAUAAGCGUUUUGCGCACAUGCUAGAAGAUAAGGAUUUCUCUAGUAAUGCCGCUGUUGAUCGCUAUGGACGAAAGCUCAAGAAAGAUGACACAAAGGAGAGACUCAAGAAAUUCUACGAGGUGGAUGAGGACGAGGAUGAGGAGGAUGAGGAAGAGGACAGUGCCGACGACGACGAAGAAGUCCAGAAAGAAUUGAAACGGAUUAACAAGGCCUCAUAUGAUCCUGCUCGUGAUGGUGGCUUUGGAUCUUCGUCAUCUGAGGAAGAAAGCUCCAGCGAAGAGGAAGACGAAGUGGAGGAGGAGGAAGAUGAGAUCGAAUUUCCGGACAAGCAGCAAUCGGAUGUGCCGCUCGGCGAAGUGACAAAUCGGAUAGCAGUCGUCAAUCUCGAUUGGGAAAACAUUCGUGCCGAAGACUUGAUGGCAGUUUUCUCCAGUUUCCUUCCCGCCGGGGGGCGGGUACUGAACACCACGGUCUAUCCUAGUGAAUUUGGAAAAGAACGGAUGGAAAGGGAGGAGAUUGAAGGCCCACCAAAGGAGAUCUUUGCUUCCAAAAAAACAAAGUCCAACGACGAUUCCGAAGAUGAGGAGCUUGACUCUGACGAGGAGGAGGAGCAGAUUAAAAAGUCGAUUCUCAAGACCGACGAUGGCGAGGAAUUCAACUCUACGCAGCUACGGCGGUAUCAGCUCGAGCGAUUGCGGUAUUACUAUGCCAUUGUCAAAUUCUCAUCGAAAGAUGUGGCAAAGCAUGUCUACGAUUUGGUGGAUGGCGCCGAGUAUCUCUCCAGUGCCAACUUCUUUGAUCUUCGCUUCGUGCCCGAUGAAACAGACUUCUCCGAUGACAAGGCUCGGGACGAGUGUUCUCGUAUUCCCGACGGUUACAAGCCUACUGAAUUUGUGACCGAUGCUUUGCAGCACAGCAAGGUCAAAUUGACAUGGGAUGCCGACGAUAAAUCAAGAAAAGAAGCACAAGCACGCGCCUUCCGGGGAUCGCGUCAGGACAUUGACGAGAACGACCUGAAAGCCUAUCUUGGUAGUGAUAGUUCCGACAACGAAGACGAAGACGAUGAGGAUGGCGGUGUCGAAGUUGUCGAUAAUACUACAGGAGAAGCAUCGACCACCAAACUUUCCAAGAAAGAGGCCGAGAGACAACGCAUGCGUGCAUUGCUGGGUCUGAGCGCCGAGCCUACCCGCACCAAACCGGAGCGUCCCGUUGGUGAAAUGGAGGUCACUUUCACAUCGGGCUUGGCUGGUGGCCAUGGUAAGGAUACCAUUUUCGAAAAUGAACCGGAGAUUGAAGAAAGCACAAUCGACAAGUAUGUUCGCAAGGAGCGUGAGCGCAAGAAGCGCCGAAAGGACAAGCUUAAGGCCUCUAAGACAGAAGACGAGGUGCCAUCUGCAGAUGCUGGCGAUGCAGCCGACAGCGAAGACAACGAAGCUGGCCCAGCCGAGGUGUCACAGCCACAGGAAGAAGAUAUGGGAUUCAAUGAUCCCUUCUUCGAUGAUCCUGACGGAAAGGCUACAGCUGGCUCUCGGCGCAAGGAAGAGAGACGCAAGAAGCGCGAGGAACGUGCUGCCGAGGAAGCCGCUUCAGCUGCUCAAAGGGCCGAAUUGGAACUUUUGAUGGUGGAUGAUGAAAAGGUCAACAUCAAACACUUCGAUAUGAACGAGAUUGAAAAGGCCGAGAAACAGGCUCGGAAGAAGGGCAAGGGCAAGAAGAGCAAGAAGGUGGAACCUGCCCCGGCAGAUGACUUCCAAGUCAACGUCAGCGACCCCCGUUUCACGCGCUUGUACGACACUCAUGAUUUCGCCAUUGAUCCUACCAACCCCCGGUUUAAGUCCACUUCUGGCAUGAAGGCACUGUUGGAUGAAGGCCGUAAGCGCCGCCGUACCGGCGAUGACGCGGAGCCCGAGAUUUCAGAGAUUCGGGAUAGCAAAAAGAAGCAGAAGAAGACUUCCAAGGAGUCCAGUUCUGAGGAGUUGAAGCGAUUGGUGGCAAAAGUCAAGCGUUCUCACUGA